UGAAGUCUCAUCUCACAAAACGAGAAGAGUAAAGUACAGGAGAGACCCAACAGCAGAAGGGGCAAAGUAAAGUAUGAAAACUAGUCCUAUCAUUUCUGCAACUCCAAACCUGCUUUCCGAAAUUCUCCAAAUGAAUUGAAAACACCCAAUCCUGGCCAAAUCACCCACCAAUUGCUCGACGAAAUUCCUCCUCGAGAUCAAACUGACAAUGGAGUCCAGCAUUCUAGAAUCACUCGGCGUCGAGAUAAUUGGUGUGAUGUCUCCAGUGUCAAUCUGCAUGCUUCUGGUCGUUCUCAUUGUCUAUUCUCUUUCCCCAUCAAACCCUUUUUCGGAUGCUGCCUCCGCCUCGUCGAUCCGCACCGCUGCCAAUCUUGUCUAUGUCGAGAAUCCCUCCGACUCCGCUGCCCAGAAGCUAGAAGGCGCGCUACUCAAUGCGCUGGUGUUUGUUAUUCUCAUUGCCGUCUUCACUUUUCUUUUGGUUCUCUUGUACUACUAUAAUUGUACAAAAUUCUUGAAGAAUUACAUGCUUUUCUCGGCAUUUUUCGUUUUAGGCACAAUGGGAAACUCAAUCUUUUUGUCAUUGAUUCAGCACUUCUCAAUUCCUGUUGAUGCGAUUACUUGUUUCAUUAUGAUGUUUAAUUUCACAAUUGUGGGUGUAUUAUCUGUGUUUUCGGGUGGGAUUCCGAUCUUUUUAAGGCAAGGAUAUAUGGUGGCACUAGGGAUUUUUGUGGCAGCUUGGUUUACUAAGUUACCAGAAUGGACUACAUGGGUUUUGCUGGUGGCAUUGGCAUUAUAUGAUUUGGUAGCAGUUUUGGCACCUGGUGGACCACUAAAGCUGCUGGUAGAGUUGGCCCAGAGCCGAGAUGAGGAACUUCCAGCAUUGGUUUAUGAGGCUCGGCCAACAGUUAUACAGAAUGCAAAUAAUCGAGGUCGGAGUUUGGACCUUUUGAUUGGUGGAGUUUCAGAUUCGGGAUCUGUGGAGAUGCAAACAGUGUCAAAUAACAAUUUAAAUCGAAAUGAGAUUGAAAACCGUGUGAACUCUGAAUACACUGCCGCUCCGGUUAGGAAUCCUGAGAAUGUUGAAGGUGUAGGAAACAGAGAUGAUUUGGAAAGGUCUCCCUUGGUUGGUUCUUCUUGGGAAAGACGCAGGUCAAGCAGUGAAUCAUCAGAGUAUUCAACAGUGGUUGGUAAUCAGGACUCUGAAAUUGUUGUGGAUGAGGAAAGGACUCCUCUUGUUGAUAUUCUAGGAUUGGGGAAUGAGGGAGAGCAGCAGGAAAGGAGGGAUGCUUCUGAAAACUCUUGGAUCUCUGAUAGAGGUAUUAAACUUGGUUUGGGAGAUUUUAUUUUCUACAGUGUCCUUGUGGGUAGGGCUGCGAUGUAUGAUCUCAUGACAGUAUAUGCGUGUUACCUAGCAAUCAUUUCAGGACUUGGCUGCACUCUUAUCUUAUUGUCAGUGUAUCACCGAGCUUUACCAGCUCUCCCUAUUUCAAUAAUAUUAGGUGUCAUAUUUUACUUCUUGACACGGUUAAUAAUGGAACCUUUUAUUGUUGGGACAGCAACAAAUCUGAUGAUGUUUUAAUGCCCUACUUCAUGUAAGAGAUGAGGAGGACUUUCCAUACCAUUCAAAGAAAAACUAAUGUCUUUAGCAAAUUUUGUGUACACUGUGGUUAGUAUUGCUUACCAAAUUUUAGUAUUGCCUACCAAAUUUAUCUCCCAUUCUCAUGUAAAUUUAUCAUGAUUGAACUCUGUAAUUGGUUACUGCAACAUCCUGAAGAUAAAUAUAGUUCAACUUGACUAUCUGUUUUGGUUUCA